CAACUUUAGAGUGGCACGGGUUUCUCUAGAUAUUAUUUUAUCAAUAUUUAUACUUAUCUUAUUAGCAUAUUUAUUUGUUUUAGUACUAGAAUUAACUAAAAUGUCGGGUAUAUGGGAUACACUUGAUUACAUAGCUCGAAAAAAGGAAAUUGCUUUGGAUAAAGAAAAUUUAUUAUCAAGUGAAAAAUUUGAGAAGACAAAACAUAGUUUACGAGAAACAGAUAGUGUUAAAGAAGAGAGUUUAGUUCAAUUUAGAAAUUGGAUUCAACAAAACCGAGAUAUUCAAAACUGUAUAUUAGAUGAUAGUUUCCUGUUAAGGUUUCUUCGGGUCAAAAAACACAGUCUUCCAAUGGCACAACAGACUCUUUUAAAAUACCUUAACUUUAGGCAAAAAUUCAGUCAUGUGUUGUGUAAUUUGGAUUAUAAAGAAGAAAAAACCAGUGAAUUAAUUGACGCUGGAUACAUAGUUGUUAGUCCUUUUAGAGAUAGAGAUGGCAGAAGAGUCAUUUUUUAUAAUUUUAGACUGGUAGAUCUUCAAAAAAUGUCAAGUUUAGAUGUGCAAAGAGCCGACGCAAUUACUUUUGAGGCUCUAGUAGACAAUGAAGAAACCCAAGUUAUGGGUGUUACACAUGUUGUAUGUGCACAAGGAGCUGGAGCUUCGUAUGUACCGUUGUUUACUGCAAAUGAAUUUGGUUAUUUGAUCAAAUGGGGCGAGCAAUCUUUUCCAAUGAGGCAUAGACUGAUAUAUCUUACUCACAUCUCACCAUUUAUUAGACGUAUUUAUGAAAUUGUAAAAGGUUUAAUAAGUCCCAAAUUAAGAUCACGAGUUCAUUUUGAUGAUAAUGCUGAAAAAAUCAAAAAAGAUCUAGGCACCCAGUGUCUACCUAAAGAGAUGGGAGGUGUUGUACCUUUACAAGAAAUGGUGGAACUAUUUAAAGAAGAACUGGAAGCCAAAAGAGAACGGAUUCUUUCGUAUGAUAACAUAAAACUGCUCAGUGAUCGAGGAAUAAUAAGGAGAAAAAACCCCGCCAUGGACAAUAAUGAAACUGGUAGUGUGAAUGGUAGUUUUCGUAAAUUAAAUAUUGAUUAG